AUGGCAAGACGUAAACGUACUCUCGUAACAUUAACCGAGCCGACUCCAAUCAUCAUCAAUGGACACGUAGUUCCUCUCACUCCAUUCUACCUCUAUUUUAGAAAAGCCCUUCUCGAAUAUGGCCACAAAUUAAAUGAUGAUCAAAUUGAUGAAAUAUUACAACUUGAAGCAUCGGAGGUUUCUGACACUGCAGAUCCUUCUAGGUACUACUUUUUCGGUUUGUGUGGUGAUAUUUACACAGAAUGGAAUUACUUUGAGGAGGAUGAGGUAAGAAAAUAUCAUGAUCAAUAUGAAACAGUGUUGCAUCGAUUCUUUGAAAGAAACAAAGUUGUUAGAGCACAAUGUGAGGAAAUUCAAUUGAGUGGAAAAUGUGGUUUGAAAUUGAAUUUUGAUGAAUUUUCACAUGUGUGUGAAUUUUUAGAUGGUUCUUCGAUGGUCAAUUUGGCAGUAACUUGUAAACAGUUUGAUUUUCAUUACGAAAAACUCAUUAUAACACUCUUGAGUUCUAAUCAAUUUGUGGAAUAUUUCAAAAGAAAGAGAAUUGAACCAAGAUUGAGCUUAUUACUGAGUGAAAAGCUGUCACCUGAAUUGAAACAAUUCAAAGAUUCUCUUGAUAUCAAGAUGAUAAUUGAUUUUAAAGUAUUAGAACGUCAACCUGGAGGAAACUAUGACGAUUUUAUUAUUCGACAAGUCGUCCAGCUCAAUUCCAAAGAAACCUCAAUAUUCAAAUCCAAAAUUAGAAAUUAUGAUGGAUGGAUCUAUGAUGAUGAUAUUAUUAUUUCAAUCGAAAAGGAUCCCAUUAUUUUGAGAGAUUUCAUUCAUUCUAUUUGUAAGAUGAUUUCUAAUACUGAGCCAUCCCUUCCCUUAAUAUUCAAACCCCAAUUGACUCAUCAAUAUAUUUGCACUUCAAAAGAUGAUGCUUCCGAACCAGAUGAUCCAACAGAUUUUUCACAAGUUGAAAUUUCAAUUUACAACAAGUCUGAAAAAUUCUUUGAUUUUGUAAAAGUUUCCACCAAUAAUGGAAGUUUAAACGUUUUACCAUUUAAAAAUUCAAAGAGUAUUUCCAAUUUGAUAGAGAACACGAAUAGAUUUUGUAAAGUAGUCUCAUUAUCUGAGGCAGCAGACCAAUAUAUCGACCGAAACGAACCUAAUUUAUUUCGUGCUAAAAAGAAACCACUGCACAAGUGUAGAGGUCUUUCAAAUAAUUCCAAUUUUGCAGAAGAUGAAGACGAGGAAGAUGAGGAAGAAGAAGAUGAAGAAGAUGAUAAAAAAAUUGAUUUAGAAAAGGCAAAUGAGGCAAUGUGGAACAGAUUCUUCAAACAACUUGCUUAA